AUGGGGAUUGGGCCGCACAUGAAAGAGCAGGUAACCCACGCUCUCAAGAUGGUAACCCACGCUCUCAAGAUGGUAACCCACGCUCUCAAGAUGGUAACCCACGCUCUCAAGAUGGUAACCCACGCUCUCAAGAUGGUAACCCACGCUCUCAAGAUGGUAACCCACGCUCUCAAGAUGGUAACCCACGCUCUCAAGAUGGUAACCCACGCUCUCAAGAUGGUAACCCACGCUCUCAAGAUGGUAACCCACGCUCUCAAGAUGGUAACCCACGCUCUCAAGAUGGUAACCCACGCUCUCAAGAUGGUAACCCACGCUCUCAAGAUGGUAACCCACGCUCUCAAGAUGGUAACCCACGCUCUCAAGAUGGUAACCCACGCUCUCAAGAUGGUAACCCACGCUCUCAAGAUGGUAACCCACGCUCUCAAGAUGGUAACCCACGCUCUCAAGAUGGUAACCCACGCUCUCAAGAUGGUAACCCACGCUCUCAAGAUGGUAACCCACGCUCUCAAGAUGGUAACCCACGCUCUCAAGAUGGUAACCCACGCUCUCAAGAUGGUAACCCACGCUCUCAAGAUGGUAACCCACGCUCUCAAGAUGGUAACCCACGCUCUCAAGAUGGUAACCCACGCUCUCAAGAUGGUAACCCACGCUCUCAAGAUGGUAACCCACGCUCUCAAGAUGGUAACCCACGCUCUCAAGAUGGUAACCCACGCUCUCAAGAUGGUAACCCACGCUCUCAAGAUGGUAACCCACGCUCUCAAGAUGGUAACCCACGCUCUCAAGAUGGUAACCCACGCUCUCAAGAUGGUAACCCACGCUCUCAAGAUGGUAACCCACGCUCUCAAGAUGGUAACCCACGCUCUCAAGAUGGUAACCCACGCUCUCAAGAUGGUAACCCACGCUCUCAAGAUGGUAACCCACGCUCUCAAGAUGGUAACCCACGCUCUCAAGAUGGUAACCCACGCUCUCAAGAUGGUAACCCACGCUCUCAAGAUGGUAACCCACGCUCUCAAGAUGGUAACCCACGCUCUCAAGAUGGUAACCCACGCUCUCAAGAUGGUAACCCACGCUCUCAAGAUGGUAACCCACGCUCUCAAGAUGGUAACCCACGCUCUCAAGAUGGUAACCCACGCUCUCAAGAUGGUAACCCACGCUCUCAAGAUGGUAACCCACGCUCUCAAGAUGGUAACCCACGCUCUCAAGAUGGUAACCCACGCUCUCAAGAUGGUAACCCACGCUCUCAAGAUGGUAACCCACGCUCUCAAGAUGGUAACCCACGCUCUCAAGAUGGUAACCCACGCUCUCAAGAUGGUAACCCACGCUCUCAAGAUGGUAACCCACGCUCUCAAGAUGGUAACCCACGCUCUCAAGAUGGUAACCCACGCUCUCAAGAUGGUAACCCACGCUCUCAAGAUGGUAACCCACGCUCUCAAGAUGAUGGUAACCCACGCUCUCAAGAUGGUAACCCACGCUCUCAAGAUGGUAACCCACGCUCUCAAGAUGGUAACCCACGCUCUCAAGAUGGUAACCCACGCUCUCAAGAUGGUAACCCACGCUCUCAAGAUGGUAACCCACGCUCUCAAGAUGGUAACCCACGCUCUCAAGAUGGUAACCCACGCUCUCAAGAUGGUAGAGCAAUGGGCAGCGUGA